AGCGUUGGGCUUGUGGGGCGGGGCCAAGGAAACUCCCAGGGAGCAUCUUCUGGGAAGUUGCGGCCCCAAGUGGGAAGCUAGAAGCUGGAAGCUGUGGAAACUCCUUGUAGAUCGGGCGAACGGUGACCUUGACUCCAUUCAAAAAGCUCUCCAAAUUACGCGACCAACCUCACCCUCUCCCCCCAAAAUCCUUAAUUUUAUUCGCGGGAAAAUAGAGUUGGAAGGACGGGCCCUGCUUGUCCUAAAAGCCCUCAGCCCGGAUUCGGCUCUUCAGCGAACCCUAGUAUUUGAGGGUGCAACAGUCGAGGCCAAGAUCGGAGAGCGGUUGUUAACGGUGCACCGGAUCUCCGGACUUCCCGGUUUCCUAACCGAGAAGUGUGCGCCCUGCAAAUAUUUUGGGGGUCUUCGUCUCGAGGAAUAGCUUCGAGUCUAACGCUUCCCUCUCUUCUUCCUAGCGUGAACGUUUAGGGUGAGAGGACCCUCCCCCAAGCACUGCGCGGACUGAGCGCUCUGGCCGCAAUGGGUCCGCAACUUCCCCUCCUGGUGGCGGCGCUGGCCGGCUGCCUGCUUCCUGCCCGGGGCUGUGUCACUUGCGAUGCAAAGGUCGUGGAGGCGCUAUACCACUUUGAGAUGGAGUACCUGCCGAGUCGGAGUCAGGAACUGCAAGGAGUGUUGGACAGGAUAAAAUAUCUGCUGAACGAUUUCAAGAAAAUCCCAGAUUUAAAUGAUCAACAUUUAGGGGUUGUCGAUUCCCCCACACUGCAAAAGUUAUCCGUGGAUUUUCUGAAGAAUUUGAAACGUAUCACAAACUCUGAAGAACAAGGUGAGGCUUUCCUGAGUCAGAUAUUCUGGAUGUUAAUCAAGCAAAAAGCUUCCAUUCUGACAACUAUAACCCAGUUCCAAAAAAAGGGUUUUUGUCCCAACAAAUGUGGUCAGAUGUUGCAGACUCUGAUCUGGUGCCAUAACUGCUUGAAGAGAAUACACACUUGUCGAAAGUCCAUCGAUUGCGGAGUGCACGAAGUCGUGGUCCAUGAACUGGAAGACCUGGUCCUGGAUUGUGAGCUCAGCUGGCAUCGAAUCUCUGCAGGCCUGAACAAUUACACAUUUUACAGGGUUUUAGGGAGCAACAGCUUGCUGCUGUCCGUGGGGAAAGAGCCCACCCUGACCAAGACCAUGGUGAGAUUAGAAGAUGCAGGUACCUACCGCUGCGAGUUGGCCAAUAUGAAAACCUCCCGUGCCGCGGUCACGCAUUUUCGUGUCAGAGGACUCCUUCCCUCUCUAUCAGUGCUGCCCCAAAGAGCCGGUGGAGCCGGACGGUCGUCACCAACCACUACUACUGCUACCACAGAGUACGAAUUCUCUACGGAAUGGGAUCUCUCUCUGCUCUUCCCAACCGCCCUGGCUAAUCCGUCAGAGUGUCCGAAGUCCGAGGACGUUCUGAGAGGCCGUCUGAUAGGACUGCUGCUCUGGGGCUUACUGGUGCUGUUAAUCGCCUUUGUGACCGCGAUCCUUUGCUUUCGACCUGGGAAGGUGAUCAAUUACAUAAAGGCUUGGAGGACCAACCAGAAGGAGGCUGCUCAGCAGGCCCAGACUGCUAUGGAGCCCCAGGCUGCCCUGGAGUCCCAGGGUGCCCAGAAGCCCCAGAGUGCCCGGAAGCCCCAGGCUGCCCCGAAGCCCAGUGUUCCAAAGGGAAAACUCUCGGCAUCAAAGCUCCAGUAAAGAUUUAUCUGGUGGUCUAAA